UGACCGGGCACGACCUACUGCGUCAUAGGGCCAAGCCGACUGCCCCGCUGCGCAUACGCCUUGCCCAAGGGCUCGCCGUUGCUAUCAGCCGCAACCGGGCUGUGAAGGGCGAAGUUGGGCUUUGAUCGUUGGAGCCGCAUCUUACUCGGCUGAUCAUAAAGACUUUGUGCCGUAAGCUACUAGCAUCUCCCUGUGUUUUGGAGUCAGUUGCGCGCCUGACGAUUGCCUUCGCUCGCCGAGAAGCUGAAGCUUGGUGUCGCAUUCAUAUAUCAUCAGCCCCGACACGUUGCGACAUUCGCUUUCCACCUCACAAACACUCGACAAUUUGAUCCCAUCAUGGCGUACAACAAAGGCUUCAACCCGGACAGGCUGCCUAUGCAUGCAGAGCCUGAGCAGGCUGCUGCCAUGAUGUCGCAAAACGCACCUGCAGCCGCACGCCCACCGCGCACAAGUUCAGCGCGUCCGGACUACAACAAACCUCCCCCGCCCGUUCCCAGCGGCCAGAGAUACGACACCCGUCCAGAUGAGCGCUAUGGCGGCGGUGGGGGACGCGGCGCAGGAGGUGGUGGAUAUGAUAGCAGACCCCCGCCAGGCGCAUACAGCGACACGCGCUACGACAGCCGGUACGACUCGAGACAGGACAACAGAAUGGCAGUUGGGUCGCCUCCACCCGCCAACUACGGCCAUGGACCACCACCACAGGGAUAUCAUGGAAGACCGCAGUUGGCGCAACAGUCGAGGCCGCCGCCCACGCCUGCGCCGCCAAGGGAUGCGAAUGACCGCGAGGCACUCUGGAGAUUGUUCGGCGCCGUCGACAAGGACAAGAGUGGUGAGCUCACAGAAGCUGAACUGCGGACUGCGCUCGUCAACGGAGAUUGGACACCUUUCGACCCACACACUGUCCGUAUGAUGAUUCGGAUGUUCGACACCAACAGAUCUGGAUCUGUCAACUUUGAUGAAUUCUGUGGACUAUGGGGCUUCCUCUCUGCCUGGCGCAGCCUCUUCGACCGUUUCGAUCAAGAUCACAGCGGUAGCAUAUCCUACGCCGAGUUUAAUGAGGCCCUCAUUGCCUUUGGAUACCGCCUUUCCCAGCAAUUCGUCACCCUUCUGUACCGCACCUACGACCGUGAUGGUCGCAAUGCACUGAGCUUCGAUCUAUUUGUGCAAGCAUGCAUUAGUCUGAAGAGGAUGACGGAUGUGUUCAAGAAGUAUGACGAGGACCGCGAUGGUUAUAUCACACUGAGCUUCGAGGAGUUUCUCACAGAAAUCAUCCGCCAGCGAUGAGUAGCAGGAACACAAGUACGCGAUUUGCUCAACACUUGGAUAUGUUGCCAAAUCGGGGACCGCCCAGCAUUAUCCCAUCGUUGCAGAGGCGGACAGAUCGUCUCUAC